AUGUCGGAUAUUUUGAUGGAAUGCUCUCAACAACAGCUUCGCGAGAUGCUGGACAUACUCAAUACGAACUUACCUCGGCGUAUACAACAACAUAAUUUCAUUUAUAGUUAUCUCUUUCAUUGGGAGAAAAUAAAUGCUAAUCGUCAACAAUUAAAAUCGGAUCGUUGGAAUUUACGCUUUUAUACACAUCGUUAUGGCAAGCCGGAUAAUUGUACUCUGAUUAGUUUGAAUGGAUGUGGGGAUUACAUUGUACUUUGUUUCACCCUCCAAGAGUCCCAGGAGGAACUUCGGGAAUGUCUAGCGAAAACGAAUUUAAUACAAUGGGAACCGAAAAGAAUGCGUGUGGUAUGCGAUGAAAAUAUACAUGUUAUGGUGAAAGAGUUACUUAUUCAAAGAAGUCAGAAGACAAAUUGGACAUGUACGCCCUUUGAAAAUAUCAUGUAUAUUACAAAGGAUAAAAUUGCAGCACUUCAAGUUGAUGAAAAACUUCCCGACGACCUGCACAUAGCACCCUUGGAUGCUGAGAAACAUGCCGAAUUCAUUAACAAUCAUUGGUCUCACAAAUAUGAAAAGUCUUUGGGUUUAAUUCGACAGUCUAUUGAUUUUAAUGGAGGAUCGGGACUCUUUCGUCGUGGUGAAGAACAGCCGCUAUGUUGGAUGUUGGAAAAUGAAUUCCUAUCACCAGGAUUCUUGUAUACCAUGCCAUCGGAAAGACGCAAGGGUUAUGGCGAACUAAUUAUGAAAAUGGAACUGAAACGUUUAUUAAAACUUCACAAUAUUGAUUUGUUUACAUUUGUGAUUGUUACAAAUGAACAAUCGCUGAAAUUACAUCGUAAAUUGGGUUUUGAGCCGGCUACCCGAAUUGUGUGGAUUGAGAAGUUUGAAUAA